AUGUCCUCCUACUUCUUUCUCUCUCUCACCGCCCUUCUCUUCACCCUCUCUCUCCUCCCCGGAAGCACCUCGCUUCCCACAUCCGCCACCACCAUCGGCGCCACCUACUCCGCCGGAACCGCGGCCACCCAGAUGGUCCCGCCCCUCGCCGCCAACCGUUCCAACGCCCUCCGCUGGCUCUACGUCCACGUAGUCCCCUUCUACCCCCGCACCAAGAUUUCCACCAUCUCUGUCGGCAACGACCCUCUAGAAUCUUCCCCCGACUUCUCCACCUUCCUCCUUCCUGCCAUCCGCAACCUCCACCUCUCCCUCCGCGACCUCAGCAUCCGCAAGAUCUCCGUCUCCACUACCUUCUCUUUCAUCAGCAUCAUUACGACGCCGUUUCCCCCUUCCUCCGCCCAAUUUCUAGAGCCCGCCCUGUACACCGUCGUCAGACCCUUGCUCCAGUUCCUCCGCGACACCAAUUCGUCGUUCUUGGUCAAUCUCUACCCGUACAACCUCUACAAGAUCCGCAGCGAGAUUCCAAUCGGGUUUCCCCUGUUUCAGGAGCACCCUUUCGGCUUCCGUGACGACCUCACCACCGGCGUCCGGUACCGGAACCUCUUCGACAUGAUGGUCGACGCCGUCAUUAGCGCCAUGGCCGUCGCCGGUUACGAGAAUAUUCCGCUGAUUGUGACCGAGACUGGGUGGCCGAGUUUCAGUACCGAUCCGGCCGAAAUUGACGCCAACCCGAUUUACGCCGAGCUGUACCUCAAGGGUCUGCUGUGUCAUCUGAGGUCCGGGAAAGGCACGCCGUUAAGGAAAGAAGGGGUGUCCGAGACGUACAUAUAUGAGCUGCUUGAUAAGCAAAUGAGGAAGGGGCGCAAUUGGGGGAUACUCUACCCCAAUCUGACCGCCAAGUACAAGUACAUUCAGUUCUCUGGGUCCUAUUGCAGAGGUUUCUUUGACAUGUUGAUCAUGGCGGUUGGCCAAUUCUUGGUCUUUGCUUUCUUGCGUGGUAAUGGAUCCUUUUCUCUACUCUAG